UGCUGGUCAACAAUGCCCUUCAAUGACAAGGCCAUCCUUAUCCAUGCACUGACAGAGGAAUGGGAUAAAAUACCCCAACAGCUGCUGGAUAAUGUUGUGCAAAGCAUGACACAACAGGUGGAAUCUUGCAUCGCUCUCCAUGGUGGCCGUAUACCAUACUGACAUGUUACAUCAGAAUGCCUGCGGAUGCCAGGAAGCAGGAGAUUGUAAAGAUAACAGAGCAGUUAAUAGAAGCUAUAAAUACUGGAGAUUAUGAAACAUAUACAAAGUACUGUGAUCCACAUAUGACAGCAUUUGAACCUGAAGCUCUUGGUAAUUUGAUUGAAGGCAUGGAUUUCCACAAAUUCUAUUUUGACAAUGCUUCAGGGAAAAAUUGUAAGUCACUGAAUACUACAAUCCUCAAUCCUACGGUUCAUCUUCUGGGAGAAGAUGGUGCAUGUGUUGCAUACAUACGUCUCACGCAGUAUGUUGAUAAAGCUGGUCUAGCUCAUACACAGCAAAGUGAAGAAACACGUGUUUGGCACAAGCGAGAUGGAAAAUGGCAAAGUGUUCACUUCCAUCGUUCUGGAUCUGCGUCUUCACCUUUCACCUCAACACACAAAUAGCUGCAAUCCAUAAUUUUUUUAACUUUUUUUUAAGCUUAACAUGAAUGAUAGAAACUCAUUACAGCUCUCUAGGUUCAUUUGCAUUGAUCAUACUUAUCUGUACCUGUGUAACCUCUGUGAAAUAGGAUUCACAAGCUUUUAAUGCAAAUGUUUUUCAUGCUAAUGUUGUGAAUUUAGCAAACUGUGGAAAUGUUGCAUUGUACUACUAUAAAAAAAAAUAGUAUUUGUAAUUCUUCAUUUCAUCACCCCUUUUAUUAUUGAUGAUUAUGGUGUUCUUGCAAAUAGAUAUGUACAGCAUAAAGUAAUUUAUGAAAAUUUUUUAUUUACUUUAAAGUUUCAUACAUCUGUAUAAUAAUGUAAUGUGCAGUUUGGGUGUUUUAUUAUUUGUACUGUUAAUUAUUGCUUUGUUUUUUAAUCAUUAUUUUUAGAUAAUUUUUAUAAAGGCGAAUUUAAGCAUGCAAUUAAAAUUAUAUUUUUCAAAUUAAUUGAUUUCAAAAUGAUAAUUAAUUUCAAUUUAAGUACUAUGUUAUGAUGUGUGAUUGAAAUAUAUUUCAAAUUAAAAUUAAAGAUAGUAUUUUACAAUAAUUUUUGCUGUAUAGAGUUUCAGAUUCUAUGAAUAUUUUUUUUUUUUUUUUUUUUUUUUUUUUUUUACAGGUAUAUGUAAUUUGUUGUAUUUAAAUGUAUGAAAAUUGUAAAUGCAAUAUGUGAGAUGCACUUCUUUGUAUGAUAAAUAUUUGUUUUUAUUACUUUCUAUGAGGGGCUAUAAAUUUUUGGCAAAAAUAAUAUAUCAUUGAUAUAUAUAUUUUCAAAUUUUUGUGUGCUAUGUUUUGGUAUAUUCAAUUAUAAAUAUGAUAAUUAACUUAUGGAGUAGGUGCAAAUUAUUCCAUUAAAAUAUAUGAAUGUUCCUAAUAGGAGAUGUUAUGAAAAAUUCUAAAUAUAUACUGUCUACUUUUAAAAUAUGUGAAUGUAAUGAUGCAUAUUUAUGAAGAAGAUUAUUACUUAUUUUCAUUAAAUGUCAUAAAACAUUAUAAUGAUAAAUAUGAAAUUAUAUCAUUCAGUUUAAUUGUACAGUUUGUAAAACGAAAUACUGUGUGUGUAUAUAGAUAUAUCUAUAUAUUUUGUUACAUUCCUUUAAUUUGAUUUUUAUUAUGCAGGUAUUUCAAUAGUAACCUUAUAUUAGAGAAUCAAUGUACUGUCUGUUUUGUCUUUUCAAUCUAAAACUGAUAUGCUUUUAGGUUUCAUACCAUAUGUUAAGUAUGUGUAAUUCAAUUCAGAUAUUUAUUUCAGAAAAAGCACUUUUUUGAGGAUCUGUAUUUUAAAUUAACCUUAAUGAACCAUAUGUUUUUGAUAAUUGGAAUGUUUGUUGUUUUUUCAGUUACUAAAAUCUAUGCAAUAUUAAAUGUGUUUUUAAUAAAAUAUUUAGCUGCAUCUUAUCUCACUUUUAAAUAAGCAUUCUUUUAGCAUUUUAAAUGGCAAUUUAAUCAUGUUCAAUUGCAUAACACUCUUAAGAAUUUAAUCUUAUGUUAUAGUAUUUUAAAAAAAAAAUAUUUCAAAAUUGCGUUUUUGAUCUGAAUAGCUGAUGCAACUGUAUUCUUAAUGAAGAUUUGUACAUUAUUUUAAAAGCUAAGCAUAUAGAAUGAAAAUUUCAUCAAUUUUUUUAGUAAUUUAACUAUACAUUUCUUAAUAUUGAAUAAGAAUUUAAUAAAUAUUUAUUUAAUGAAGACUUCAGCUCUCUGUUUUCUAGCAAUAUAAAAUUGUGCCAUUUGUGUUAUGAUAUUGCAUUAAAUGUCAUUUCUAUUAAUACUGGUAAUAUUUAUUUGUAAAUAAAUAUAAUGUAUUCCAAGAGAGGCUUUUAACAAGGUUUUAAAUCAAUAUUAAUAUGUAUUUAUUUAAUAAAGUGUGUUAUAUAACAUUUUUAAAACAUAAUAAGUCAGGAAAUAUUGAAUGUUAUCUGAAAAAAGUAAAUUUAAAAUAUUUGAAAAAAUAAAAUGUCAUUUUCAUUUGUUAUACAACAAUUUCACAUUCUGCCCUAUAUCUGGCAUUAGCUGUCUGCAUUAUGCAUUAUCCAGCUGUCGGCUAUACUCGCAGACUUCAGAAAACAAAUCUUAUUCAGUAGUCAAAAAUGCCUUGCUUAAACAAAUACCCAUAAGUGAACUUCAGGGCUAUAGAAAAGCUGUGAAAAAACAAGGUUUAGCAUAUUAAAAUCCAAAUGGAGCAGGAAAUGAAAAUUUUAUCAAAAUUCGAGAAUUGAAUAUUAAUGAGAUUAACUAUAUGUUAAAAUGUUAUUUAACCUCAUACAAUUGUAUAUUUUUAUAUCUCUUUAAAAAUAUAGAGUAGUUAGAAAAUCUAUACUUUACUGAAAAGUAAUUUAUUGAGAAUUUACUUUAAACAAGCUAUGCAAAAUAAAGAACACUUUUUCUCAAAGUGUUCAAUAAAAUUAUGUAUAUUCAAACUAUGCAUACAUAAUAAUAAUAAUAAUAAUAAUAAAUGAUAAUUAUAAAAUGCAUUGAACAGUUCAAACAUAAUGAAAAAGAAAUUAUUUUUAUGAAAGCUCCAAUGUGUCCUGUUUAAGAAGUGAAUGCUUCUUAAACAGAACAUGUUAUGAAUGCAUAAUUUAUUGGCCUACUAUUUAUCUUUACAAACUGCUAUAUAUCUGACAUUAAAUAAUUGAAUUUUGAUGAGAAAGAUAUAUUUAAAAGCAUAUCAACGUAAUCCAAAUAUACGAGUUGCAAGUAUGGAUGCAUGGUGAAAGAAAAUUUGACUUCUCUAUCUUAAAUCGGUGUCCCCAGUGGUUUCAUAACUAUCCAUAUCGUGUGUUAGAGUUUUAAUAGGAACCUUUCAGGAAUAUUUUUUGCUUUUUUGAUGUUGUCUCUUUAAACUGUACCUUUUUCACUUUAAUGCAUUAAUAUUGGUGAUUUUCUGAAUGUUAGAGUGAAAACGUAUUUCACAUAUACAUACAUACAUGUACAUCUGGAUAGCUUUAUUAUAUAAAGUAGAAAUAUUUUACAGUUGAGAUGCGAGUAUUUCUUACAAAACGCAGAAUGCUAUGUUUUGGACAGCAUUUUGAGAACUGUGAAGUAAAAUUGUAGCUGAUAGAGAUAGUAAUGACUGCAUAAAUCAUGAAAGUAAUUGAGAUAAAUAUGACAAAAUAUUCAUCAGUAGCCUUUUUAUGCAGAAAAUUACAGACACAUCAUAUCUUUCUUCCAAUCACAAAUUCAUUAAAAUAUUUGAUUUUUAGAAUGUGUCUAUGGUAUAAUUAUAUCAUUUAUUUAUACUGAUUGCAGUUCUGAUGAAGAGAAUUCGUAACAAAUUUAAUGCCCAAUGCUUCGUGGUGAAAUUUUUUGCACCACAAUUUAUGUAAUAAGAACAGUGUAUUUAUUACUUAUAUAUUCUGAUAUAAAAUUUAAAAAUCCAUUUUAUAGUAAUGUUAUGAAGUCAGCCUUUAAUUUGCUGAAAAAUGUUAAAAGAUAAAUAUUUUUUUUUUCUUUCUAAUUUCUAUUUAUUUUAGGAUAUUAAAUCUUGAUAUUAAAUGUGAUUUUUAAAAAAAAACUAAAUAGUUGUAUGAUUAACUUAAUAUUUCUGCGUGAAGAUUUAAGUGUAAAAUAUAAUUUCACACACAAGAUGUUCAAAUUAUUUCCAUCUAGCAGCAAUUUUUUUUAUUAUUGAUAAAAAUACUCUCUCUCUUCCUUUUUUAAUGGGCUGUAAAGUUUAAGAUAUUUAUAGAAAAAUAUGAAAAAAAGGGAUGAAGGGGAUGAAUUUUUAAAAUGCAGUAUUUUGAAGACUGGUUUUGGUAACUUGUGUUGACUAAUAUUAGUGUCAAAAGCUAAUAAUCUGAAUAAAACUUGCAGUUAUGUACUAUGAUUAAAAAAUAACCUGCAAUGCAUGCUGUGAUAUGUUUAGAUACAACAUACACAUCUAAAAAUGCAUAACUAUACUUAUAUUCAUUAAAUAAAUAGUGCUAUAGUAACCAUUGGUUGUGAAAUAUUAAGAAGUAAUAAUUCAAGCAUAAAUUUAUGUAAUAAUCAUACUUUUUGGAUUAAUAAACAGUAUAUUGCUAAGUUAGGAAACUUAAAUUAAAUAUUAACAGCAAUAUACUCUUUAGUUUUGAUGUAGACUGCAUUUCAUUAGUAACUAAUUCAUGAAAUCCUCUUAUCUUCUGAGAAGAUCACAUUUUGCCCCUCCAUAGAAAUUUCAUUUUGAUUUUUUAAAUUAGUGAACUUAUAGAAUUAAUGCUUAUGUUUGCGUUAUAUGUGCUAUGAAUUAUAAAAUUAAAAAAUACGUAAAUAUCUUUUGAAUUCUGAAUAUCUGAGAGUAUUUGUUCUUAGUUUGAUAGGGAUUUAAAAGUAAAAUUUAAUACCAAAAUCUGUGUUAUGUAUCAUUGCUGUGUUGCAGGUUAACUAUCAGAGCUAGAUAUUUUCAAAUUUGAUUUACAAGAAAUCUGAUAUUUUGAGAAUCACUGAUAUUUACGGAAGGUGCUACCAUCCAAUUAUAGUUGUUACUCAUAAAUUGUAGUUAAACUAAAAGUUCAAAGGACCAAUAUUUCUCAUUUCACAUGGAUUGUGUGAAGUUUUAUGAGUUAUAUAUCAAAGGGUAUGGUUGGUGGCACCUUUAUAGAAGUACAUAUUGAAGUUCAUUAGAUUUGUGCAUUGAGUGACUAAAAAGUGCCACUUUGCAAUAUCUCAUUUUGUAUACUCACUAUUUUAUGCCCUUUGUAAGUAAAACGAAACGUAUAAA